GGUUCACAGCAUGUAGUCCUCAAAAAUGGGUUCACAGACUCUGGCUAGGUUGGGAAUUAGGACCCAUCAUCAACCCUGCGCUGCUUGUAGGAUGCUACGCAGGCGAUGCGACAGUAACUGCAUCCUCGCCCCAUAUUUCCCAGGCGAUGAGCCUGACAAGUUUGCCGGUGUGCAUAAGGUUUUUGGUGCUAGCAACGUUAUCAAACUGAUUCAGAUGGUGGAGGAAACAAACAGGGAGGAUGCUGUUAAAGCGCUGGUGUAUGAAGCGAGAGCAAGGCUCCGAGACCCUGUUUAUGGCAGCACGGGAACCAUUUUUCAGCUGCAGAAGAUGGUGCAAGACCUAAAACUGCAGCUUAAAUCAACAAAUGCUCGAGUAUUGGAAUUGCAGCAGCAAAAAGAUCAGUUGCUGGGCAUCUUUAUGAAUGUUGAUCAUCUUGAUGUACUCUCUUCCGUUGAUCAUGGCCCCAGUUUCUCAUUGGAUUAUGAAGAUUCUAUGGCCUCUAAUCUCUUAAUCGGAAAACCCCAUUAAAAUAUGUUGGUAUAUCUAAUCAGAACAUGGAAAAACUGGGACCAAGUAUAUGAAAUUUAUAGGUGCUACUGACUAGACUAUGAAUACCAUCAACUGGUACCAUUGAUUUCAUAAGUUCUGUUUAUGUUUCUUCAA